UCUAAACUUGAAAAUUCUCUUCGUGAUGAUUCUAAAUUAUACAAUUCUGAUAGAUUUGCUCGAUCGCUCAUAGUUUAUAUGAGAGGAGCAAUAUUAUUUCAAUUAAUUCAUCCAUUCUUGAGAAAUUAUGUGCCAUAUUUUAAGAAUAAAAUAAAUGAUGUUCUAGAAAGUAGAGAUUAUAUAUUAAAGACACUUAACAAUAUGAUUGAAAAGAGAAAUUCUGACUUUACAAAUAUUCCACAAAAAUUAAA